AUGAAAACGGCUUUGAUGGUGGCUGAAAAGCCGUCUUUGGCCCAAAAUCUCGCUAAUAUACUUAGCAGUGGCAAAUGUAUUACAUCUAAAGGUUCUAAUAAUGUUUGUUCUGUGCAUGAGUGGAGUGGUACUUUCAAGAAUGAACCAGUGAGAUACAAAAUGACUUCUGUAUGUGGUCAUGUGAUGAGUUUAGAUUUUACUGGUAAAUAUAAUAACUGGGACAAAGUGGAUCCAAUCGAGUUGUUUUGCUGUCCUACAGAGAAGAAGGAAGCAAUGCCUCGAUUAAGAAUUCCCGCGUUUUUAGCCCAAGAAGCAAGAGGUUGUGAUUUUCUUAUUUUGUGGCUUGAUUGUGAUAAAGAAGGUGAAAAUAUUUGUUUUGAGGUUAUGAAUUGCGUCCAGCCGUAUAUGAAAGGUGAUGUCUUCUCACCUUUAGUUACCUAUCGUGCACAUUUCUCAGCCAUUACUGAUAAAGACAUAAAAGCAGCCAUGCUGAACUUAGGAAGGCCCAAUGAAAACCAGUCCCGCAGUGUAGAUGCUCGUCAGGAAUUAGAUUUACGUAUUGGUUGCGCAUUUACAAGAUUUCAAACAAAGUAUUUUCAAGGUCGAUAUGGAAAUUUGGAUGCAUCUCUGAUAUCAUACGGACCGUGUCAAACUCCUACACUCGGUUUUUGUGUGCAGCGACAUGACGAGAUACAGACAUUCAAACCAGAGACAUAUUGGGUCCUCCGUGUAACAGCAUCUACCAAUGAAGGAAGGGAAUUACCUCUGGAAUGGAAGAGAGUGAGAUCUUUUGAGAAAGACAUUGCUAACAUGUUCCUUGCUGGCAUCAAAGAAAUAAAAGAAGCAGUUGUUGUCAACGUACAAGCAAAAGAGAAGAUAAAACCGCGUCCGACAGCACUCAACACUGUAGAACUGAUGCGGGUCGCCAGUGCAGGACUAGGGAUGGGACCACACCACGCUAUGCAGAUCGCAGAAAAGCUGUAUACGCAAGGUUAUAUCUCGUAUCCGCGCACAGAAACUACUAGUUAUCCGGAAAAUUAUGAUUUGAUGGGCACUCUGCGACAGCAGCAGAACUCGUCCAAGUGGGGCGUCGAGGUUAGAGCGUUGAUCGCCAACGGAAUCAAUAAACCCAAGAAGGGACACGACGCCGGCGACCACCCGCCCAUCACGCCCAUGAGGCCCGCCUCGGAGAGCGAACUGGAGGGCGACAUGUGGCGCAUAUACGACUACGUGACGCGGCACUUCAUCGCGACCCUGUCGGGCGACUGCAAGUAUCUCUCCACCACCACCACCUUCCAGAUCGGCACAGAGACGUUUCAAUACACUGGCAACACUCUCAUUGACGCCGGGUACACCGAGGUCAUGCAUUGGCAGGCGUUCGGCAAGGACGAGUUCGUGCCGGUGCUGAGUGUGGACGAGGUGUUGCGCGCGCACGACCACCGGCUAGUGGAGUGUCAGACGUCCCCGCCGGACUACCUCACUGAAUCUGAAGUGAUCACGUUGAUGGAGAAGCACGGCAUCGGUACGGACGCGUCGAUACCGGUCCAUAUAAACAAUAUAUGUCAACGCAACUACGUCACCGUCGGUAACGGCAGGCGGCUGGUGCCCACCAACCUGGGCAUAGUGCUGGUGCACGGAUAUCAGAAGAUCGACCCCGAGCUGGUACUGCCGACGAUGCGUUCUGCCGUCGAGGAGCAGUUGAAUCUGAUAGCUGUAGGCAGGGCCGAUUACCACGCUGUACUGGCACACACCAGCGAGAUAUUCAGGAGGAAGUUCCAGUACUUCGUCAGGUCCAUAGAGGCGAUGGACCAGCUGUUCGAGGUCAACUUCUCCUCGCUGAAGGCCAGCGGGAAGGCGCUCUCGCGGUGCGGGAAGUGCAGACGCUAUAUGAGAUAUAUACAGGCGAAGCCGGCCCGCCUGCAUUGCUCCCACUGCGACGACACAUACUGCCUGCCGCAGAACGGCACUGUCCGCAUAUAUCGUGAGCUCAAGUGUCCCCUGGACGACUUCGAGCUGUUGUCGUGGUCCUCCGGGAACAAGGGGAAGAGUUUCCCCCUCUGCCCUUACUGCUACAACCAUCCGCCGUUCAGGGACAUGAAGAAGGGUUUCGGUUGCAACUCGUGCACCCACCCGACGUGCCCGUACGGGGUCAACUCUCAGGGCGUGAGCGGGUGCGUCGAGUGCGACGCGGGCGUGCUCGUGUUAGACCCCUCCGCGCCCAAGUGGAAGUUGGCCUGCAACAGGUGUGACGUGAUAAUAAACAUAUUCGAGGACGCGACCCGCGUGUCCGUGUGCGAGCAGCAGUGCGCCGCGUGCGGGGCGCAGCAGGUCACCGUCGAGUACAAGGCGGACCGGACCAAGUUGCCCGCCGCGCUCACCGAGAUGACCGCGUGCCUCUACUGCGAGCCGAGCUUCAGUGCACUGGUGGAGAAACACCGCGCGGUUGUAUCUCGCGCGCCGUCCGCUAGAGGGCGCGGCACUCGGGCGAGACCGAACAAACACCGCAACAAACAGCCCAAGGACAAGAUGGCGCAACUGGCCGCUUACUUCGUAUAACAUACACUAGACACUGUUGAUCUAUUCGAAUAGAUACAUAACACCGGCGAUAGAUUAUAUAACGGAAACAAUAUAAACGGUUGAGCACACAAUGUUAGGCCCUAUUUCCAUGUGUUAAGAUUCAUAAUAACACUACAGAGACAUGAUCACAUCUGUAUACUUCAUGAUGUAUCUUCUUCAUGAAUAUUAUUAGAAAAAGGACAUUUGUGAUAAAAAAAAUCGUGGUUUAAUUACCGCACAUUAAAGAGUCAACAAACCCGUUUAUAUCAGUUCUGAAAAAAAAACAGUCGUAUACAAAUUACGAGUAUAGAAAUAAGUAAGAAAUCUCAACUCUAUCGUCAAAGCAAGGAGUAGAAUCAACAGAGCGUCAUUUGUUAUAAUUGGAUUAGACAUUAAGGUUUGAAAUUGUUUAAUUCGCAACUUAUUACGUGUUUGCUUUCUAAAUUUUUUGAUAAUAUCUAAGUAUUAAGAUGAUCUAUUGUAAAAUACGAAAUCGUCAAGUUUCAAAAUUAUAUAUUAGUCCUCGUAGUCUCAUGAGCAUAGGUAAGUAUAACACAUAUUAACAAUGUCACCGAUAAGUGAAUGUAACUUAUAUUUAUAAGUUUUGUAUUUAUUAAUCAUUUUUAAGGUGUAAUAAAUUCAUAUUUACUGCAAGAUAUUUCUGUUGUUUUCUCUUCGUUCAUAUUGGAAUGGGUCAACU